UGUAGAAAAAAAUAAUCACUGACGGUGUUAUAUGUCACUAAAGCAGCAGAGGGCAGUAAUGAGCUGAACAUGAGUCGAUGUACCGUAGCUACCCACGUGACAGAGACAGAACGUGCCAUUUUGAACUGGGGGUAGAAGUGUAAAAUUAAUUGUUAAAAGUGUGCUCUAAAAUGUAUGAACGUAUAUAAUUGAUAUGUUCUUGAAGAGUUAAGUUACUUUAAUAUGAAAUUAAUCCGUAUAUUAAAACGUAACGCUACUUGUUUUUAAGCACAUUGUGCGUAGUGAAGUUAGUCAAUGUCCCCUUUUCACAGAUGGUACAGUAGUAUAGACGUUCAAACCUUCGCGGUAAAAUCUUUCAUGCCGUGUUUUGAUACUGACGCUUGUUCUUUUAUUUUAUGAAGUUAAUGUCUGAGGUUUGUUUGUGUUUAAAUCAACGCGGAGAUGAGUCGAAUGACAAAAACACUGAAAGCAGUUCGGCAGGAGCUGAAGAGCACGAAGAAGAAAAGUGAUGAUGUUGUGGAGUCUCCUCAAGGGCUGGACAUUUCCUCCAUAGAAAAGGCCAGUUUCUUUCAGGGAGAUCAUUAUUCUUCACAUGGUAAUCCCCUCCACAGCACUGCUCUGGAAGAAGGUCUCAGUCCUGGAGACGAACAGAACCAAAGAUCUGCUCCAGAAAAGACGGGCCGACAGCCGACUGGAAAGACUGCUGCUGGUGUGCCUGACGCCACUAAGACAGAUGGUUACCAGAAUAAGAAUAAAUCCAAACCUGUUUCUAAGGCACUGAAGAACAUUGAAGCAUCCAAGGAGAACCAGGAAACAUCUCGGCCAAGAAAUCAAAGAGCAACAUCUACAGGAAGUGGAGUUAAUGGUGGGCUGCUGCCAACGAUAUCAGAGCACAGAGAAAAUUCAGAAGCAUUGCUGAUCGCAGUGUCAAAGAAAGCUCAGAGGUCAGCGAAGGGCACAUCUCAGAAACAGCAGAAAUCUUCUUCAUCCUCAGAGGAGCUAACAGAUGAAGAUGAGAGCUUUCAUCCAGACAAGGAGAAAUCUAAAAGAAAAGGGUUGUCAUCAUCCAGCCGACGACAGGGUGGACACAAACAGAAAAGAAAAUCUUCAUCCGAGUCCUCGGAAAAAGCAGGUCCUUCUAAAAGACCCAGAAACCCAUCUGACCUUGAUGUGGUGCUCGAUGCGUUCCAGGAAUUUGUCAACCAGUAUAAGCAGACUGUGAACGACACAGUGAAACGUAGUAUUGAUGCGUUCAGCCGCACGUUUGACGAGCAGCUCUCAGAGAUCAUCACCGAAUCGAGAGAACUCAAGAAUUUAAAGAGAGAAAAUGCCAAGCUCAAUAGCACCAUUAACCAGAAGAGGACCAGACUUUUGGAAGCCAAUAAUGACUUGAUCAAAGGAAAGAUGAAGCUGACGGCACUUCAGAAAGAUCAUGAUGAGUUGCUACAGAGAUGUAAAGCUCUGAAAGAAGGAACUUCUUUACUCACCAACCUGCAGGAACUUAACAAGAGAUACCUGGACCACCGCACCACUCAUCCGGACGAGGUGGAAACGUAUGGCCCAUCCUGCAUGCCUGCAAUGUUGCUUGAAGCCAGAUGCAUCAUGGGAACUGAACAACAGCUAAAGACUGUCAACGAUCAGUUGCAGCAGGUCAUAGAUGAGACCGAGGAUUAAAUAUCAACAUUGAAUUAUUAGACUUGAUUAUUUGUAUGAUAUAAUGGGAAUUAAAAUAUCUAUAUGUUAAAUAAAUGAAUGUCAAAUAAAUGUUUACAUUUAACACAUCUUGUUUCAUUAGCUGCAAUACAGUAAGGAAAAAUGUAAAGUAUAUUGUAAAAAUGCAUUUGAAUCACGUUACACUCAAAGCUGUUGCCAUGUUAUGUAUCUGGACUUUGUCGUAACAUCAGCGUAUUAAUUGCAAAUAAUAAUUUAUGAGCUGGGUGAGGUUGUCAUUGCUGAUUGGUGUUUGUGUCUAAGGUAAAGUUUAGUCUCUGAACGCCCCACCUGAAUCUGAUAAGAGGACAAUGUGUGUCCCAACCUAUAGCUCACAUGAUAUAUGAGACACUUUAUGUUGUUCAAAAGCUUUUUGUACCACUUAAUAAUUAAAAAUAAUAAAAGAAUGACUUGUUAUAUAUAUGUUGUACAUUUUUUGGGUAUCCAAUGUCCUUGAAGGUUUAAGAAAAAAUACCACUAAAUAGACCUUAUAGU